UGUGAAAGAUGGCGUCGUCGAAAGUGAGCUUAAAGUUGUUGAUUGACACAAAGGAAGAAAGAGUUCUCUUUGCCGAAGCUUCAAAAGAGUUCAUUGACUUUCUAUUCAACUUGCUUCGCUUACCCCUUGGCACAGUGACCAGGCUCCUAACCAAAAACGCCAUGGUUGGCUGCUUAGGCAAACUCUACGAAAGCGCAGAGAAUCUGGACGACGUUUAUCUCAACAAUCCUGAACAAGACAGGAACGCUUUGCUGAAGCCAAGUGCUCCAUUAGUUUCUGGCUACCUUCUUCCUGCCGCAAAUGAUGAUGAUCAUCAUGAUACCAAUUCCUCAGGAGCUGCUCCAAAUCUCUACACGUGUGGGGGCGGUUUUGGGAGCCAUUGCAAUUAUGCUGUGACAUAUGUUAUGGACAUGGCGUGUCCAAGUUGUGGACGCCGCAUGAACUGUGCCGUACAAUUAGUAGGUAAUGAUAUAAAGGUGGCAGAAGAUUCAAGUGCGAAAGGCUUUGUGAAAGGAGGGUUCACUUACACUGUGAUGGAUGAUCUUGAAGUUCGUCCCAUGUCUACCAUUUCAACCAUCACUUUGAUCUCCAAGUUCAAAGUCAAAGACAUUUCUUCCAUACAAGAAAGGGUUGUUGAGUUGGGAAUGGAAGAGGGUACUAAAUUGCUAAAGGCUUCCUUGCAGUGCAAGAAUGUUUUGACGAGUGUUUUUCUCAAAAAAGACAACAUAAAGAAGCAAGGAAUUUCUCAAGACAUUGUAAUGGAAGCUGAGACUUGCUAGCUUCCUUUUGCUUCUGUGUUUCAUCUGUCUUCGUUUCUUUUUCUCCUUUUGGCAGGUGACGUCUGUUUUAGUCUACUUUUGUACUGUUAUGAACUUAUGGGAUGUGUUAUUUUUAUGCUUAAUCAGGCUGGUGAAAUUAGUUACUGUUGCCAAACCCAAUUAUAUGUAUGAAGCUAGUUAUAUAAUUUCAUGCUUCCUCAACAAUUAAAAGUAGUUCUAAAUCA